UCUUCCUAGUUUAUUGUAUCUUGCAUGACGUUAGGUUUAUCUUUGUUAGGAGGGCGUGCAAUUUUCACGAUCUCCGUUAAUAAAUUUACGUGACGAUGCCAAAGAGAAAGAAUCAGGCUCUUAUAGAUUCUGAUAGUAGUGGCAGUGCGUCGGAAAGUGGCACGGAUUUGGAUAAUGAUUUAUUAUCACUUGCUAAAAAGAAGAAAGGCAAAGCCCAAGAUGAUUCUCAAUCUAAUGAAGAGACUGGAACCACUAAAAAAGAUAAUAAACAUGAUUCAGAUACAUCAGAUUCUGAUGAUGAUUGGGGUGCAAAAGCUGGUAAAAAUAAAAAGAAGAAAGUACCCACUAAGAGAAAUAAACGUAAGAUGACAAAGUCUAGUAGUGAAGAAAGUGCUAGCGAAAAAGAACCUGAAAAGGUCUCUGAACCAGAAGAAGGUGAGGUUUCAGAUUCAGAUGCUAGUGUGUCUGACUCUAGCCAAGAAGAAUUUAAUGAUGGAUAUGAUGACAAAUUAAUGGGAGAUGCUGAGGAUCAGGCAAGACUUGCUCAAAUGACUGAAAAAGAACGCGAACAAGAGAUUUUUAAACGAAUCGAACAACGUGAAAUUAUGAAAACAAGAUUUGAGAUUGAGAAAAAAUUAAGAAUGGCCAAGAAACAGGAACUGAAAAAACAAAAAGAGUCAAGAAAGAAAGAAAAGGGUGUUGAAGAAAGGAAACUCGAUAGAGCACCGGAUCCUAAAGAACGAAGUAAAGAUCGUAAAAAGACGAUAGAAGAAAAGCAAGAUAAAAAAUUCCAUGCAAUGUCUCUUCUAAAAGCGAGACGAGAAGAGAAGAAAGAAAGAGAAGAGAAAGAGAAACAGAGGAUAGAGCAACAGCAACAACAGUCAAAGGAUAUUGAAGAAGAAGAAUUAGAAGACGAUCACAAAGGAGGUGCAAAUAAAACAAAGCUUAAAGCAUCUGAUAUUUAUUCUGAUGACAGUGGUUCAUCAGAUAGUGCGGAAGAUGAAGAAACUGCUAAGCCGGCAUCUCAUCGUAGAUCGUCUUCGAGUGACAGUAGGGAUACUGAUUCCGACACUGACAAAAAGUCUGUCACCAGUAAUAAAGCAAAACCGAAGAAACCAGUAUACGUUAGUACAAAGGAAGAUCUCAAUAAAAUUAGAUUAUCUCGUCAUAAAAUGGAAAGAUUUGUACAUCUUCCAUUCUUCGAUAGAGUAGUACAAGGCUGCUUUGUUAGAAUUGGUAUUGGUAAUAACAAUGGGAAACCAGUGUACAGAGUAGCUGAAAUUAGCGGUGUCUGUGAAACUGGCAAAAUUUACCAACUUGGUGGUACAAGAACGAAUAAAGGUUUGAAACUAAGGCACGGGGCACAAGAACGCGUGUUUAGAUUAGAAUUUGUAUCCAAUCAAGAAUUUACCGAAUCUGAAUUUUUCAAAUGGAAAGAAACUUGCGCUCUGCAAGGAAUAUCAAUGCCCACGUUUGAAGAAGUUGAACAAAAAUUGAAAGACAUUAAAGAAGCUUUAGUUUACGAAUUCAAAGAGGAAGAUAUAGAAAAAAUAGUAAGAGAAAAGGAAAGAUUUAAGCAAACUCCAUAUAAUUAUGCGAUGAAGAAGGCACAGCUUAUGCGAGAAAGAGAUGCAGCUAAUUGCAGAGGAGAUGACGAAACUGCCACUCGGCUUAAUCAAGAAUUAAGUGAACUCGAAGAACGUGCUUCUGAGCUCGAUAAAAUGCGUACGGCAACAAUAUCUAGUAUAUCUUAUAUUAACGAUCGUAAUCGGAAAAAGAAUGUUGAAGAAGCAGAAAAGGCAAUCAUGGAGGAAGUAAAAGCUAAUAAAGGUAAAAAAGUAGACGACCCAUUUACAAGGCGAAGUACAAAACCAAGAAUGGUUUAUAAGCCUGAAGAUGAAGAUGUAUCGUCUGCUGUUCCGGUAAAUGACAAAGCAAGUCCUCAACAAACUGAAACGAUAGCAGUAAAUAAUGAGAAAGAGAAUGGUCAGGAAACAAAGAAGAAGCAAAGUACUGAAGAUUUAUUUAAUGCUCAUGAUUUUGAUAUCACAAUAGAUUUGGAAGUUCCAAUUCCAAACAAUCCCGUUAGUGUAUUACCGAAACCUAUUAGUAAUAUUAAAGAUACAGGACCUCGACGGUCCUUGAAUUUAGAAGAUUAUAAAAAGAAGCGGGGACUCAUCUAACGUUUGUUAACUCUAGAAAAAAGAAAAUCCGUUCUUUGUGAUUUGAUUAAUUGUAAAGAUAAGAGUGAAAUCUUGUAACAGUUGACUGAGAAACUAGCUUAUGUAUAGUUCUCAUAUAACGUUAAUUUUUUUUUUGUUAUUAUAAAUAAUGACUCCUUCUUUUAGAAAGGAUAUAGGUGGUUCCUACCAUAUAAUUCUAGUUACAAUGUCAUAAUUAUUGUAUUCUUUACGAAAGAAUACAGUUUCAACGUUUAUUAAAACAUUUGUGUUUUUAAGAAACGCUGUCUAGCAGUACUUAAACAGGAAAAAGUAUUACAAUUUGGAUUAUUUAAGAGCUUCGUAACUGAAUUCAUCUCCUCUUUCAAUAAUAUGACUUUUUAUCAUCCUUUAAUAUCGAAUUAGUAAUUUCAAUCAUGAAAAUAGUUAUUGAUCAUAAAUACAUUAAUCAUGAUUUUGCGUGUAUUAUUAUAACUUUUCGUGUUCUGUAUGUUUAAAUAAAUAUUAGUAAGCGACCACCUCAUGACAAAAAAAAUAUAUAUAAAAACUAUACGUUUUUAUAAGUUAUAUUUACGAUAGUUAAUUGCUUUAUAUGAGAACAUAAUGAAGACUAUCAUACUUAUAGGUAUUUUUUAAUUCUUUGCAGUGUUCUAAUAAUGUUACACAUGCUGCAUAUUGCCGCCAAUAUAAUUUGGCUACAGAAGCUUCAAAACAUGUUUUACUAUAAAAAUUUGUACAUAUUCUCUAAAUAGUUCGAAUAAUUUAAGUUGGUACAUUCUUAUAUGUAUAUAUUACAUCAUUUUAUGUGAUUAUAUAUAUACGUAUAAGACAUGAAAUAACGAUAAAAAUAUUUUUAAAUAUAUACUUCUUUUUAGCUUAGUAUCCAAUAAUUAUUGUUAUCUCCGAUCUAUUAAGUAGAGUAAAUACUUAACAAUUGUAUCAUGGUAAUAUAAUUGGUGUUAAUAUCUAUUCGAAUUUAGAUAUUAACUGCAUCUUCAAUUUGUUCACGAGGUUAAUUCUUCUUAUAGCCCAUAAUCAUAUCUUGAGUAAAUAAAAUUUGAUAUUUUGUACUAAGAAAUAUGCAGUUUUUAUAUUUAUAUAAAGUUAAUUUCAUUUAAAUUAACAGUGAAAUAUUAAUUCUUUUAGAAAGUAAAAUAAUGUUUAUAAAAAUAAAUAAAUAUUUGCCUAGAAGUAUAUAAUUUUAAUAUAAAAUUUUAUUUAUCCAAGAUGUAGUAGCUUAUUCAGAAUACUUCAUAAAAAUCAGAAAUAUUUAUGUAAAUUGGUAAACUAUAACACCUGUAACUCUGAGUAGAAAUGAUUAUUAUCCCAUUAUUGGAGUGAAACAUGUAUUUGCAGUUAUCCAUAAAUUUGCCAAAAUUGUAUAUAUAUGUAUCUAAACAGUAUAUUAUUAAAAAA